AUGAUUGAAGGUUCGAACAUAUUUGGGAACAUUUUGCAUGUUGUCAAACUCCAUGGUGGAAAAUACGUGUUACAAAUAACAAAAGAUAACAAGCUGUACGUCAGCUACCUCAAUGAGCCUCACAUUUCCGUCUACAAGCACAACUUCUUUGAAAGAAAUCAUGGAUACAUCACAAAUCCUCCAGAGCAGUACAUUCCUGCUUACUACGACAUUUCACAGAACCACAUCAUCUCCAACCACCUGGCCAGCAACCUCACAAACACAACAACAUCCCCUUCAACUUCCAACAACAUAACAGUGAUAGUCAACAUAUUGAGCAGAUUCGGAUCCAGUUCAAAAAACUAUGUUUUUUUAUAUCGGCAGUAG